AUGCAAAUGAAGCAAGUAAUUAAUCGUACAAAAUCAUGUACAACCAAGAAAUUAUGUACCAGGAACAGUAUGAACAAAUGGUCAAGAACUGGUAGCGGAGGUAGCGGGAACACCAAGACCGGAUCUUUGAGGAUUUUCAAUGGAUGGUGGGUAGUCGACUGGAGUAGCAAAAAGUCAAAGUCGAAGUCAAAGUUUUAG